AUGACCGUAUAUGCCAAUCACACUCCACCCCCUCGCCCGCCCAGCGCCUUCGAAUCCGAGUUCGGAGACCCGAAAUCAGUGCCAAACCUCGAUGAUUUCUACGUCCCCACGUCCGACCGCGUCGACGCAACUCCUACGCGAAAACGUGCUAGAAUCGAAUCAAACAACGCCCUGCCGCCCCCCACGCCCCAUCGCGCCUACUUUGCGGCGAUCCGUCGGGGUGGGGGCACUCGAAAUAUGUCAUGCACAGAAUGGAGUCGGGCCUGCGUAGAGCUGCUUGGCGAUAUAGUAGACGGCGCCAGAAGCACACUCGGUUGGACCGAUGACGGCGAUGCAGUAGCAGAGGUCCUUAGCGUCGCUAAAGCACUCAAGAACACACUACGCGAGAUCGACAGCAUGGUGUCAGUUGACGAUGACAUCUUCAUGUCCCAACCUAGCGCGCCCGCCCCGGCCCAAGAUAAAGGUUUUGACGGAUUCAAAUCAGAGAUUAAGGAUCUCUUCCUCAGCCUGGAGGCUAAUCUCUCCUCGAGGAUUUCAAACGUGGAAAGGCGGCUCGGAUCUGUCCCACUCCCUUCUUCCGUGCCCAACUCAACCCAGAUCACGCCCAGCUCACGGCCGCAAGCCCCCACCCCAUCUUCGUAUGCGUCAGCUGCAAAGUCAGCUCCUUCGAGUCAACCCAAGCCGGCCCAGCAACCUAAGGCCGUCGCCCCGGCCCCGGCUUCGAAGUCAAACACAAAGUUCGUUGUACGUUUCCGAGGUUGCCUACUGUAG